ACAACAGCACGGAUAGAGACACGGAGCGGCCGGACUGUCUCCAUCCUCGCAGAGCAGCGCGGAUGAAACACCGGUCACCUUCAGAGACGCAUCACGGGAAAAGGCCCCGUGUUCCCGCCGCGGCUGCCUCCGCCUCACCGCAAGACGGAAUGGAGGACAAAACGCCGUCAAAUCCGCGGGAACUCACCCAAAAUCCCCUGAAGAAGAUCUGGAUGCCGUAUAAAAAUGGCCUUCCAGAAAAACACAUUUCUCAGAGAAAGGUAUGUAUGACCAACUGUCCCACCCUGAUUGUGACAGUGGGCCUUCCUGCCAGGGGAAAGACCUAUAUCUCCAAGAAGCUGACCCGCUAUCUCAACUGGAUUGGGGUCCCCACCAGAGAGUUCAACGUAGGCCAAUACAGGAGAGAGUUUGUGAAGAUCUACAAGUCCUUUGAGUUCUUCCGUCCGGACAACGAGGAGGGGUUAAAGAUCAGACGUCAGUGUGCUUCAGCUGCAUUGAAUGAUGUGCGACAAUACCUCACAGAAGAAGGAGGCCAAGUUGCAGUUUUUGAUGCAACAAACACCACAAGAGAAAGAAGGGAAACCAUCAUUCAGUUUGCUGAGCAGAAUGGCUUUAAGGUGUUCUUUGUGGAGUCUGUGUGCGAGGACCCAGAUGUCAUACAGGAGAACAUAGUGCAAGUGAAGCUUGGUAGCCCCGACUACACCAACUGUAAUACAGAAGAAGCAGUGGAAGAUUUCAUGAAGAGGAUCAAGUGUUAUGAAAACUCCUACGAGACACUGGAUGAAGUUCUGGACAGGGAUCUCUCCUACAUUAAAAUCAUGGAUGUGGGUCAGCGCUAUCUGGUGAACCGGGUGUUGGACCACAUCCAGAGCCGGAUCGUCUACUACCUCAUGAACAUCCAUAUCACGCCGCGCUCCAUCUACCUGUGUCGCCACGGCGAGAGUGAGCUCAAUGUCAAGGGGCGCAUUGGAGGAGAUUCAGGCCUCACUCCUAGAGGCAAGGAGUUUGCUAAGAAGCUGAGCCAAUUCAUCCAGGCUCAGGACAUCAGCGACUUGAAGGUGUGGACCAGUCAGAUGAAGAGGACGAUCCAGACAGCUGAGGCUCUAAGUGUGCCCUACGAGCAGUGGAAGGUCCUGAACGAGAUUGAUGCUGGUGUGUGUGAGGAGAUGAUGUAUGAGGAGAUCCAGGAGAACUAUCCUCUGGAGUUUGCUCUGAGGGACCAGGACAAAUACCGCUAUCGGUACCCGAAAGGAGAGUCCUAUGAGGACCUGGUGCAGCGGUUGGAGCCGGUCAUCAUGGAGCUGGAGAGGCAGGAGAACGUGCUGGUCAUCUGUCACCAGGCCGUCAUGCGCUGCUUACUGGCCUAUUUCCUGGACAAGACAGCAGAGGAACUGCCGUAUCUGAAGUGCCCGCUGCACACUGUGCUGAAGCUAACGCCGGUGGCCUACGGCUGUAAAGUGGAGUCCAUCAGCUUAAACGUGGAGGCAGUCAACACACACAGAGAAAGACCAGAGAACGUAGAGGUGUCGCGGAUGUCAGAGGAGGCUUUGCUAACAGUGCCAGCUCACCAAUGAGGCAGUACCUUACCCCACCCCCACCCCCUCCCCAAACCCUUCCCUCGUUUACCCUUCAUUAAGCACAGUAUACACUUGUGACGCACAAUGUACCUGCAAAACUCAGAAAUCUUUCUUCUCCACCUUCCCUUGAUUGAAUUUCUCUCCACUCUCGUCUUCUGUUUUUUUCCUCCACUUACACUUUAAGACGUGAUGAUGUUGGUAAUUGACUGGAAUCCAGUUUCUAAUUUUUGAUGAUGAAUCCUAUGACACAGAUCGUGUGUCGUGCAUGUUCUCCCAUUUUUGGAGAAUGAGUGAAAAGCAGAUGAAAGUUUUUUUUUUUUUAAAGGAUGCUGUAAUCUCAACUGUGAAGCAAUGAAGUCCAACACCUUUUCAUGAAGCUUUGAUUAUGUGCAGUUUAUUUAGUCAUUGUUCUGUUGAACUGAUUUAACCAUGCUCAUUUUUACCAGUGUCUCAUCACUAUAUUUCUGUUGGCACGAGUCGCAAAACUCUGAUCUUAGUUUUACAGAUUUGCACAACACAAAACAAAGCUGUGCUUUUUUACAUUUUGCACAUAAAAAAUCAACACUGUUUAGUUUCUUAUGAAAUGUCCUCCAUUACAGAUUGUCCCUAGUUUUAGGAUGUCUAACACUGUCUAAUGAUGAUCCUGGAAGUACACACAUACUUUGUUUUGUUGUUUUUUGUUCAACAAUGUGAAGUUUCUUACAGUAAAUUCAUAUCACUGGUCAGAAUUAAGAGGAAGAUAUUUCUGUUUGUUUCUAAAUAAACUCCACUCAACCAUU